CAUCAUCUAUCAAUCGCACCAACAAUUAGACAUUGCAUGGACACUGCGUUAAAACGUCAACGCCAGUAUGGCCGCGUCGCACCAUGCAUGCCUCCUCAAGAGACAAAACGAAAGUAAAGCCCUGUUUGGCAAAAUAACGCUUGAGAACUUGAGAACGCUGUUCCUGAUCUCCUCGACCAACCCAUUGAACGCGGACUAUUUCAGAAGCAAGCCCUCGAUGGAGGCCGAGAAGAAAAGGCAAAUCGAAACGAAGUGCAUGACGGUGAUCCACCCGCUGAGCACGUUCCGCAUCUGGUACGACAUUUACGUGGUGAUUCUCUACUUAUGCAACUUGGUGUGCAAGCCUUUAGACGCGGCGUUCGCUUCCAAACAGCGCGAACUGUACUCCGGAUACAGGAUAGUUUCCAUCACCUUGGACCUGCUCUGCUGGGUAGAUAUCCUGGUGAACUUCAACACCGGUUUCGUGGUUGCGAAGAGGAAGAAGAUAGAGCUGCGGCGCCGCCUCAUAGCGAAACACUACAUGAGCAGUCCUUUCUUCGUGUGCGACGUUCUGUCUUCUUUACCGAGAAACCUGCCUUACUUAUUCGUAGACAGGCCAUUGAAGUGGAUCCUGGGCAUCAUAAAUAUCUUCGGAAUGUUGAAAUUCGCCAGAAUAUUCACAGUGAUCACGCUGAUCAACAGGACAACCAGAUAUUUCCAGUUCAAGAAUACGACGGGUCGGUUCUUGUUCAAUUCUUUUAUGGUCACCAGUAUCCUGAUCCACUGGGUGUCGUGCAUGCAAUUCAUAGUGCCCCGACUCGUCGGAAGAUAUUUCACAGACCCGGACCGACCGGACGAGAGGAGUUGGAUAUAUCAGGACGGGCUUUAUAGGAGAAAUUGGAAGUUCAAAUACGCGCACUGUUUUUUCAAAGGUUCCGCGGAAAUGCUGGGAAUCCGCCUGGACCUGUACCCCAUUUCAAUAACGUCGGACUACAUCGUAUCCACAUUAACGUACUGGGCAGGAAAAAUAAUUAUCUUCUCCAUAUGGAUAGUCCUCGUCGUGGCCAUGCUGCACGCGCGAUCCAUGGAACUAAAAUUCUACGAGGUCAUCAACCAGCUCGACGAGUACAUGAAGCAGAAGCAGCUGCCGCUUAACCUACGCGACAAGAUAACCAAAUACUACGACUUUAGAUUCCAAAGGCUCUUCUUCAAAGAGCAGAUGAUAACGAACCUGCUGUCAACGAACCUGAGACGAGAGGUGAACAUUCACGUGUGCAAGUCGCUGAUUGAGAGCGUCAGCUUCUUCGCCGAUCUACCUUCCGACGAAAUUAGUCGCCUGGUGGCCAGACUAAUCUCAGAGAUCUUCCUUCCGAAUGACACGAUCAUACAAUCGGGAACGUACAGCAACUCGAUGUACUUCAUCUCCAGCGGUACCGUGGCCGUGUAUUCGCAUUCGGGGAAGGAGAUUUGCCACCUGCAGGACGGCGCUUACUUCGGAGUGGUCACCAUGGUGGUGAAGAACCAGAAGUCGAUAUCGACGAUCGUCGCCUUAGAGACGACUAAGGUCUACAGGCUGAAGAGGAGGGAUUUCGAGCGGUGUCUGAUGAAGAACAAAGCCGUUUUCAACAAGCUGGUUUCUGAAGCCGAGGUUUGGCUCAAAACUGUACUCAGGAUUGAAGACGAUUAUAAAAAGAAACUGUUCCAGCAAAACUACGCGACCGGAGCGAACGAGAAAAACGAGAUCGGAGCGAACGAGAAAAACGAGAUCGGAGCGAACGAGAAAAACGAGAUCGACAAUUCAAAAUUCGAAACGAUCGCCUUGAUGAACUAGAUGGAUAUGAAAAAUUAUGCGAUCUCGCGCCUGAUCGGUGUUGUUUCCUUUUUUGGAAGUGUGAUAUUUUUGUAUUUUUUUUUGUAUAUUCAUCGAGACGUAUUUUAUUUUUUGAUUUAUUUUGCCUACGUAUUCGAGUUAUUGUUAGUUGAAUAUAUUUUUUACUGUAAAUAAAAGUUUUAUAACAAUCGA